AGGGGUGGUGGGGACUGAUCGCAAUGGAGGAGAAGAUCUCGAGGGUGUAUGAGGAGAUGGAGAAGUUGAGGACGGAGAACUCCGCGCUGAACGACGAGAUCAACGAGCUUCACCUCCUCCUCCUCGAACUUGGAGACCCUGACGAGAAGCCUCACCCCAAGCUGAUCCUCCGAGGAGACACGUGGAUCGUGGAGGGGCACGAGAGCACAGAGAACGAGCUGGUGGUGAACUGCUCCAAGGAGGAGAACGUCGAGAUCGUCAAGUGCGAUGGAGGGGAAGAAUAUUUCUGCAUUAGGAUACAGCCGAUCGCCGGGAAGGUACUCGUUGAGAACUGCAAGAAGCUCAAGGUGGUGACGGAGUGUGUGCUGUACGAGAUUGUCCUCUUCAACUGCGAGGACAUAGUCCUGGUGGUCGGCGGGGAGUCUCCCUUCAUCGAGCUCAACAACUGCAAGGGCGUCGGUCUUCUCCUCUCGCACGAGAGCAUGGAUGGGCCGAUCGAGCUCGUUCGGAGUGGGGGAGUCGUGCUGACCUCGCCUCUCAUCUCGCGAGAGAAGGUGACGCACAAAAUGGUCUGCACGUCGGAGGAGCUGGAGGCAGGGGACAGGUUGUGGUUCUGCGAGAUGCCGUCGUAUGUUCAGAUGAGCUUCUGGAACGGCAAGUGGUACGCUCGACCGACGAGCAACGCGGAUAAUCAGAGUUUGAGCUUCGAGUCAUGA